GGAAAUAUUUUCUAAAAGAGGCCUCCAUAAGGAAUUACUGGGCCCGGAAAGGUAACAAGCUGUGUCAUAUACCAAAAUGUUCAGGGUACCUUGUAGUUUUUCAGAAGCCCGGCAGGUUUUUUUAGAUUUUGGUGCGGGCUGAGAAAUCCAAGAUGGCGUCCAAGAUGGCCGCCGUUUAUCAAACAUCGAGGCACCUUUGUUAUAUUCUAUGUAAAAAAGGAACAUAACUGAGUAGAAUAAAAUAAUUAUAUGAAAAGUGUUUGUUGUAUAAGAGCAUCUCAUGCUAUAUAUUUUUCGUCCUUUGAAAGGUCAUUUUCAAGGUCAAAUUCAAGGUCAAAAGGUCAAAAAUUGUACUUUUUUCGUAAUUUACCUCAAAUUUUGUUUUAUUUCAAAAGGGUUACAAAAUAUUUUAGCUUUUUUAUUGCAUAGGUAGUUUAUUUAGUGUCGUAGAUUUUCAGAAACAAUAGUUUUAGUUGAAUUUGACUGGUUGCCAUGGAAACAGACAUAUUUGAAGGAAGUCACCAACAGACUGUUUUUUGCCUGUUUAAGAAAUUUGAAGAAAUAUUCAUCGAAAUCAAAACUGGGGGAAUGGCCGAGUUAACAUUCUUAUCAAAGAAACGGAAAAUAAGCCUGACUCAACAUAGCUGUUGCUUUUGUUUCGAACAAUUUGGAGAUAUAAAACCAACUUCAUUAGAUAUUAAAGGCCUCGAAACUUUGCUUGAAGUCUGUAGAGAAAGAACUAAUGAUGAAACAAGCUCUUACCUACUUGAUAAUGAACAUGAAAUCAGAAAUGGAAACAUUGUUGUGAAAUACCAUAAAAGCUGUCGGUCUGCUUUUUUGCGUCCGCUAUAUCAAAAUAAGUUACAGAAGUCAGAUAAAGAUUGUUGUAUUCAGUCGUCUUCGGAGACUUUUACAAGAUCAAAAGACUGUAAACAAUCUUUUGAUUGGAAACAGUGCUGCUUUAUUUGCGGAGAAAAAUGUUUACAGAAGAAACGAUCAACUUGGUCCCUGGUUGAGUCAGCAACUAAUACUUCAUCCUCUAUGUACUCCAAGGUUUUAGAAGUUGCACAAAGCAAAAAUGAUCAAUCACUACUGAAACGCCUUAUCAGUGUAAAUGGAGAUUUAGUCGCAGCAGAGGCCAGAUACCAUAGAAAAAAGGGUUGCCUUGUCCGUUACCUUAAGAAAACAAUUGAGAAACAGGUAGGCACUUCAACUGAAAAAGAAAAUCUUGACACAGUUACCUUGCAGUUGAUAGAUACAUUGAAAGAAGACAUUGAGCAAAAUGGUAAAGUUUUUGAAGUACCAGAAGUAAAAUGUUCUUUCUUAAAUUUAUGCAAAGAAAAGGGAUUAUUAAUUGAUACUAUCAAAACCAAAACACUUAAAAGGUUGUUUCACAAAUACUGGCCAGAAGUUAAAUUUAUAUCUAGACCUGGUCAUAACACAAUUGUAUGCGCUUCGUCUGUAAGCUUUGAAGAAGCUAUGUCUGCUGCAUGCAAGUAUGGGAAGCUUCUGUCUACCAUAACUGAAGAAAAUGUAACAAAAGAAUCACUUUCAAACAGUUUUGUUUUGUCCGAGGACGAUGACCUUAUACUUCAUAGAGCAGCUGGUAUUUUAAGAGAGAGAAUAAACAAGAUUGAAAAGCUAGAUGGACAAUACUUCUCUUAUGAAGAAACUUCUUUGGAGGAACAAAAGAAAUUUGUUAGUGAUGACAUUUACAAGUUUUUUUGUUGGGUUACCAAUAAAAAACAAUAUGAGAACACUUCUGAUAUAAAUGCAGAUUUAGAGCCUAAUCCAAAGAUACUGGCACUAUGUUGUGAUGUCAUCAAUGCAUCAACAUCUAUUUUAACACCGAAACACCUUGGCUUGUCUGUACACCUACACCAUCUUUAUGGCAGUCGAAAGCUCAUUGAUGACCUGAAUGUAUUAGGAUAUACUAUGUCAUAUUCAGAAGUCCGCUGUUUCCUUUCAUCUGCAGCAGUUCAUAUGGCAAGCAAACAGACAACGACAGAAUCGGGUGCAUUAGUUCCUGCUAAUAUCAUGCAUCACGAGGAUGGAGGAAAGCUUAUUAUUGCAGCAGGCGACAAUUGGGACCACAACGAAUACACAAAAGAUGGUAAAAACACCACUCAUGCCAUGACAACAAUUCUUGUCUCUCCUAAAUCAAACAGAAUUGGCAAAGCACAGAGGAUAACCAGAAUACCAGAAAAAACAAUUGAUAGUUCUUCAUUACCAGGUGGAAACCUCACUUCAGUGCUCACAUAUCAGAAGCCAAACGACAGACCAAGACCGUAUUUUCGUUCACCACCUUCAAGCAAAGAUGAGGUCAAACUUCCAGAACCGGAGGCAGCAAAAGUCAUGAAAAUGAAGGAACUUUUGUACAAUUUAAGUCGUCUACAUUUGUUUUGUGAUGAUAGAUUUGAAAAAACACCACCUUGGACGAUAUUUCAGUCUCAGAUAAGUUCAGACCAGCUUGCUGAGUCCUCAGAUGUUGUUUUUAAUCCAAUUAUAAUGUCAACUCCUACCCAUUACAACACUGUCUACACCACAUUAAAACGUAUUAAAGAGCAAAUGAAUGCACUUGGUCAGAGCAACUGUCCCGUUUUCUUUGAUAUGGGUUUAUUGACAAAAGCCCUGGAAGUUGUUUGGGCAAGGCAGCCAGAGUUGAGUGGUGUUAUCCCGAUGGAAGGGGGAAUGCAUUUCUUAAUGGCUGUAUUUGCAGGUGUUGGCUUUUUGUAUGGUGAAGCUGGUUUGAGAGAACUUUUGUCCGAUUCUGAGGUAUUUGCAGGAAACACAGUCAAACAGAUUUUGGCAGGGAAAGAUUUCGAUAGGGGUAUUUCUGCUCUUUUGAUGGUUGAUGAAGUAUUAACUGCUCGUCUCCUUAUCAACUUCCAAAAAUGGUGUGAAUCUCGCAAUGUGCUUUUUCAUGAUGGUAGCCCAUUACAGUCACACAGUGGGGAUUUGUCAGAUGUGUUGUCUUUUCUUGACACUUCUGUUGCACCUUUACUUGAAGAAUUUAGGAUGAAGGGCCGGGAGCUCUCUCCAACAUUCCGAUUCUGGGAUGACUAUCUGAUGAAAGUUUCAACACCAUUCAAAUUGUUCUUAAGUUCUUCUCGGCAUGCUGAGUGGGAGGUUUACGAGUAUUCAAAGUCAGUAUUCCUUCCUUUCUUUUUUGCAUCAAACAGAACUGUUUAUGCAAAAUACAUGCCCUAUAUGGUUCUUAGCAUGCAAACACUGCCUGAGGACGUGAAGAACAGCUUUUCAAGUGGUAGUUUUGUAACUAAGUUAAGGGAUGGUAAGUUUAACUCUGUGUGGUUCGAUUAUUGCCUUGAAGUGACAGAAAACAAAUCUCUAAAGUCAAAUGGAGGUAUAAUCGGACUAACUCGUCAAGAUCAUGCACUAUGCCGAUGGUUCUUGGCCAGACCUAUGACUGCUAUGUACUCUAAUACCUUUACUUCUAAGGGUCUUGGUAGAGAUGAUGGAGAUGACAAAGCUACUACAGGUAAGUCUCAUCACACUGACAAUCCUUCGUACAGGAAGACUUAUGAUGAGAACAUUAAAAAAAUGCAGGUAAUGUUUGAGCAGGCAUUUCUAGACCCUUUUUGUAUUGAAGACCCGCCUAACAAACUUGUAAAUUUUGCUACCGGUGUUUCGAUGGAACCUGAAGUUGAAAGGAGUUUAUUAAAUUGUUUUCAAAAAGGCUCUGAAUGUCUUGAUAAGUUUGUUGAGGAAAGGUUUGUCAUGGUGCCAGGUAAGAAUUUCUAUGAUCCUGUCCCGAAGGCAAAUACAAAAACAAUGAGUCAAAAGCCAAAACGUAUCAGACUGGAAUCAAAAGAGUUACCAAUCAAUGGAGAAGAGAUGUAUUUACGCCUUCUUUCUAUCAACUCUUUCAAGAAAGUACCACUUAAAAGGGUUAUGGCUUUUGAAAAUGCACCAGUACCCUUGAGUCUCUUUACUGAUUCAGGAGAAAUACUUUCCACAAAGAAAGCUGAUUUCAUGUUGAAGCUGGAAGAACUGGUAAGCGAAAAAGUUACAAGAUCUGUAGGUAAUGUUGACUGCAUUAUUUAUGACGGUAUGGCAGUUGUUCAAAUGCUUCAGACUGUUUAUGCAUCCCUUAAAUUGUACAGAGAAAUGGCUGAUGCAUUCUGGCAAUUCAUUCUGUCAAAGAGUAGUACUUCCACAAAUGUCCAUGUAGUCUUUGACAGUUACUUAGAUAACAGCGCCAAAUCUCAGACAAGGAUGAAAAGGGGUGAGGAUCAGUCUGGUUGUAAAACGUUUGUAAUUCAGCCAGAAAUGCAAAUUGUAGAUGUAAAGCAGUCUCUUUCUAAUACAAACUUUAAAAAGGAGAUUACCAAGUUUUACACCUUGUAUCUUGCACAAAACUCAGUUACUACUUUAAAAGCGGGACAAACAGUAGUUGUAAGUGGGGGCUUAGAGGAUAAAGUCUUGAGCAUCACGUCUGAAUGUGUUUCUUAUGUUCCUGAUCUAUGUACAAACCAAGAAGAAGCGGACACUAAAAUGUUGCUUCAUUCCAAGUAUGCUGCUGAUGAAGGGGCUCAGACACUAACAAUUUGUAGUCCGGACACUGAUGUCUUACUUCUUUUGCUUCAUCACUUUAAUGCUCUCACUAUUCCUAGAGUGUUUUUCAGGACUGGCAGAAAGUCUAUUCAUACCGAUAUGACGAGAUAUAUCCCAGUGCAUGAAAUCUUUGUCUCGCUGUCCCCAGAGCAAAGACAUAUUCUGCUCCCUGUAUAUUGUAUCACAGGUUGUGAUACAUGCAGCUCAUUUUUUGGCAUUGGCAAAAGGUCUGCUUUUAAAUUAAUGAUGAGCAAAGCAUCAUUAUUCGAGGGUAUGGGUUGUUUGGGUGAUGUCCCGGAUUUGACUAGUGUGCAGAUCAAUGCUUGCACUAAAUUUGUUGGCGAAUUGUAUGGGCAGCCAAACUGCACCUCUUUGACUAUGUUACGAGUAGAAAAGGUUCUUAAAAAUAAAUCUGUAAGUCCGAGGCGGUUACCCCCAACAGAUGAUAGUUUCCUUUUACAUCUGCAGAGAUGUCUAUUACAGCUGAUUGUUUGGAAAAGUGCUUUGCUCCAAAGUCCUGUCGUUCCAAGCCUAAUCAGUUUAGGGUAUAUAACUGAUGCAACGUCAGGGCUAGCAGUCCCACAGUUUAUGGCACAACCUGCAGCUGCUCCAGAACUACUAAGUGACCUUGUCUGUAACUGUGUGGAUCUUUGUGAAUCUAGUUGUUGUUGUGCAUCUGCUGAACAACCUUGCACAACGGCUUGUGAGUGUAAGGCAUUUGUUGAUGACGUUGGUUGUUGCAAAAACAUAUAUACAUAUCUUUCAUGUGCUGUUCAAGAUUAAAGGUACAAUAACUAACGUGUAGCGUGAGUUCAUGAUCCUAAGGUACAUUUACGAGUUGAGUUUGGCUCUCCAUGAAGUACACAUAGUUUCUUCAUUACCUCCUCUUUGAUGGUUCUAAUAAAAUGUUUAUUCUAUAUACAUAUAUUAGUAAAUACAAAUGUUGCUGGUUUGCUAAAAUUCAAUUCCUAUCACAAACAAUAAAGUACUUAAAUUGCGAAAUAAUCAAGGUGAUUUAGGGAUUGAGCAGAGCAUAGAACAAAUGUGUAAGAAAAUGUCUAGUUGAUGUAUACAUUAUUUAAACAUUUAUUUAGUUUCAGUACUUGCGAGGUUUUUUAACAAUUAUGUAUUUUGAUUCAAUAAUAUCUGCUAAAAUUGAAUCUGAAUUUUAAUUACAUUACACUAGCAUUUUUAUAUCAUAUCUAUACAUGUAUAAGAAACUGAAUUAAUUUUCUGAUAUUGUAAACAAAUAAAGUUGACAAGUGUUUGUUCAUGUUGUUUGGACAUUUUGCCCUUUUUAACAUUUGAAUGGCUUUGACCUUUGCUCCUUUUACCUUUUAAAGAUCUGGUACAAAAUACAAUACAAUCAAGUACUUAUAACACUCUUUUUCGGUAAAUUAUAGUAAGUAUUUACUUAUAAAAUGUGCAAAUUAGGUUAAAGUCUAUGGCAACACAACUGGAAAUUCCUUUAAUUCUUUGUUUUCUAAUUGCCUACAUGUUAUAUUAUCCCUUAAUCAAAAACUUUACUAUUUUUCUGCUUUCAUCGUGACAUUACUUAAGAAAUCAUGAGCUAAAUAGUCGAUUUUAGGUCAUUUGACCUUCUGACCUUUAGUUUGACCUUGACAUUUAUCUUGUAUGAUUGUGAAAGUAUCACAAAUGCAUUUGCCUGAUUUAUUUAUGUAUUACUUUCAAGCGAUUCUUAACUUUAAUUACUACUUAAAUGAGACAGAUCGGUUAUUUACCAUUCCUUUUAUGUUAUAGAACGGUGGCCAUCUUGGAUGCCAUCUUGGAUUUCUCCAUGGUAACACAAGAAAUAUUUAUAAAAUGUUUUUUUAUUAGUUAGCCCUAAUGUUUAUGUCCCAGAUUAUAUCAUUUACACUGGAUUGACUGCUAC